CGCUUCCCUCAGUUUUGACACCGAUCCGCGCGUGUACUGGUGGGGUUAUUACAGUAGGGGUUCCAAAAAUUUCGCCUUCCGCGCGACGAACAGCAACUAGCACACACACGCGACAACAACGAUGAUACUGGCCGACCCCUGCGAAGCGUGCGCCGCCUCCGCCACAUACGGCGGCAUCACCAGCAGGCAGCAUCGCAGCGAGUGUACGCAGCAACGCCUCGGCCCGUCAUCGUCUUGCAGCAAGACUGCUCGGGCUUCAUCGACAUCGAGCGCCCUCUCGCGGUGGACUGAAGUCCACUCACCUACGUCCGUAGCCAGCAUGGUCCCAUCUGGUGACGACGCGGCGCAUCUUGAAGUCGUGGACCGAUACCGUGUACCACGACUCGUCCUUGAUGUCCACGACCUGGCUAUCGUACGCGGUGAGCCCGACGCUGAAAGUCUCGCCGUCACUGCCAAUAGCUCGACCGUCUGGUCGACAGCGUUGGCGGUGACCGCAGUAGCGACCUUGCUGCCAUCCGAAAGCACGACCGUGCUCCUCCGCAGCAAGGAGCGUGUGGCAAGCUACGCGUCUUUGCCUGGAGGACUGCUCGUCAAUCAAGGCAUUGGCAGUCAGUUGGACAUCGCGUCCGGCGAUGGGGCUUGGGGAUGCACUGGACGUCGCUCGCCUUAUAUGCGCCAGUACACGUGUUGCGGUCAUAGCCUUCGGCUGUUGCCGGAAUCCUUUGUGUCGUAUAGCAUCGUGAAUGCACACAGCUCCUGGUAGACUUCUACUCACGCUCUGAUGCACUGCCACUACGGUAGGUCCCUUUACUUCAUCCUGGUCGGCUAACAUCCCUCCCAAGUGUC